UUUCAUGGAGGAGCCAUGGCCCAGACAUGUGGUGGCUUAAAGGCUAGACAAGAUACACAGCACAGCCCAACCAAGGGUUUCCUGGUCCAGGCAGCAUCACUGAGUCAGCCACCCGAGAUGUCAGCCAAGGCAGCAUCAGUGACUCAGCCAUCCUCGAUGUCAGCCAAUGUGGGAGACACCGUCAGGAUCACCUGCUCUGGAGCUAGCAGCAGCUGGUAUGGCUGGUACCAGCAGAAGGUCCCUGGCACUGGCCCUGUCACUGUGAUCUACGAUAAUACCAACAGACCCUCGGACAUCCCUUCGCGAUUCUCCGGAUCCUUGUCCGGCUCCACGGGCACGUUAACCAUCACUGGGGUCCAAGCCGAGGACGAGGCUGUCUAUUUCUGUGGUGCCUAUGACAGCAGUGUUGCUCAGAUUCUUGUUGAUGGUUCCCUGGUCCAGGCAGCAGCAGUGACUCAGCCACCCUCAAUGUCAGCCAAGGUUGGACACACAGUCAGGAUCACCUGCUCUGGGGGUGGCAGCUACUAUGGCUGGUACCAGCAGAAGGUCCCUGGCACUGGCCCUGUCACUGUGAUCUACGAUAAUACCAACAGACCCUCGGGCAUCCCUUCGCGAUUCUCCGGAUCCCAGUCCGGCUCCUCGGCCACGUUAACCAUCACUGGGGUCCAAGCCGAGGACGAGGCUGUCUAUUACUGUGGUGGCCAGGACAGCAGCAGUGGUGGCUAUGGUGUAUUCGGGGCCGGGACGAUGUUGACCGUGACAGGCCAGCCCCAGGUCGCUCCCACCGUCCACCUCUUCCCGCCAUCGUCUGAGCAGAUAGACUCACAGGGCAAAGCCACCCUGGUGUGCCUGAUGGAGAACUUCUACCCACGCAGUGUGACGGUGGAGUGGGUGGGUGAUGGCAACACCAUCAGCACUGGCGUGGAGACCAGCCAGCCCCAGCGGCAGAGCAACAACCAGUACAUGGCCAGCAGCUACCUGUCGCUGGAGGCCACCAAGUGGCAGAGUUACAAUUCUGUCUCGUGCAAGGUCAGGCACGUGGCUGGAAACGUGGAGAAGACCGUGAACAGAUCCGAGUGCUACUAACCUGCCCCGCCGGCCUCUGCUGGCUCCCUCCCUCCUCCCCACUUCUGGGAACAGCGGCUCCCCCGCCGCAGAUGUCUCUGCCCAUGUCCGCCCGUCCCCUGCUCCUGUCCCCCACUGUGAGUGUCACACAAUAAACACCGACACUGAACUAGCGCUGGCUCAGCA